AUGGCAACAGCAAAAUAUAGUGCAUUGUUUCCACAUGUUGCACCACGUUGUAGAGAACUUCUUCAUAUACUCGUACAUGGUGCAGCUAAUUUACCUACUAUAGAUGGUCGUAUACCUCAAUGUUAUGUUACAGCACAAAGUCAUACAACUAUAACAGGACAAGAUAAUGUAGAAACAAUUAAUGCAACAAAUUAUGUUGAAGGUGUUUCACCUCAAUGGAAUGAAAUGAUCUAUGCAGAUAUAUCAGAAGAGAAAAGUCUAUCGGAGGAAAUUAUUCUUCUUAUUAUUGAUGAACCUACUGGAAAAAAAUUAGUUGGUUAUAAUUUAUUAUGGCGAUGGUUCGUACCAUUCUAUCAAUAUCAUUUAAAUUUACAACAAAAAUUAAAACAAACAUCUCAAACAACUUGUUUAUACGUUUCAAUAAUGAAUAAAUUAAGUUCUUUAUCAAAAGAGAAUAUUUAUUAUUUUGGUUUAGAAACAUUAUUAAAUGGAUUUGAUGUAUCGAUUACAAAUAACCAAUCAAUCUAUGGUGUAGCUCGAAUUGUACCUGAUUAUAAAUUUUAUAAACAAAAUUAUUUACCUGAUCAAAGAAGUGAAAAUCACGGUAUUAAAUUUACAGCAAUAGAAGAUCCAGCCGAGCAAGAUUUUGUAUUACCAGAAUUCUCAUUUGAUGGUUAUCCUCAAUUAUCAUUAGCAUCUAAAAGGUCAAAACUUCCAAUAUGGAAACAUGAUUUUCUCUUUUCACAUGAUAUUGAAAAAGAUAAUAUGUUUACACAUCAUAAUGGUGCACUUGUAUUUGAAUUUUAUCCAUUACAAAAUAUUGCUAAUAGCACAAAUUGGCGUAUAGCAGGUUUACUUGGAUGGACAGCUAUUCUAUUAGAUGCACGAUUAUUAAAUGCACUCUCAUCAUCAACUGCAAGAGAAGGCAUGAGAACUGAAGGUCUUUUGGUCAACAGUGAAGGCGAUUUAACAUCAGAAAGUUCGAAAUAUUUAACAGCUGAAAUUUUACUUCGUCUUAUUACUGAAAGACAUCCAACAAAAAAUCUUCUUUCACCAUCAAGCAAUAAUUUGCCUGUAUUACCUUCGUACUAUAAUCAAGGUAUUCAACAAAAUGGUACUGAACCUGUUUAUAUACAAGUCCCUGUACCAAAGAAAAGUUUUUUACCAGCAAUACAAUCACCAACAGUACCACUGCCUGUUGCUCGUUCACCAACGCAAGCAGCUCCACCAACAUUUGUUCCACCACACUUAUAUCAACCACAGUUGUAUCAACCACAGUUGCAUCAACCACCUCCAUAUGAUUUUGUACAAAGUGCUCCACAAGUACCAGCAACAGAUUUUACUCGUUAUCGUAUUCCACGCAUUAAUCCAUAUGAUUUGGAUGAUAUUCCAACAGAAUAUCGAGCUAUGUUAGCAACAAAUUAUCCUCCACGUCGUGAUGAUGAUAUUAAUGGUUGGUUUGAUUAUUUUGAACGUGAAGUUGCACUUUAUAAACAAGCUAUUCGACGUAUUAUACAAGAUGUUGUACAAUUACGUGAUCAGCAUAAAACAUUAAGAGCAGCAAAUAUUGAUUUACGAACAAAAUUAGAAAAUUUUGAAAAGAAAAAAAAAGUUUUAUAUGAAAUUUUUGAAGGUGAUAAAAUUGAUAAAGCUAAAAUUCAAGAUAUAUUUAAUCGUUUAAAUGCUAAAAUAUCUGCUCAAUCACUUGAAAUAAAAGAAAACUAUGCAAGAAUAAUUGGCUAUGAAAAAGAAUUAGCUCGUAGAGGUGAAUUACGUGCUCAAUAUGAUGCAUUAGUUCAUUCAACUCAAGCACGUGAAGUAGAGAUUAAAUUAUUACAACAACGAAUAAGGAAAGCUGAUGGACUUGAAGAAACAGUUCGACGUCAAGAAAUGGUUAUUGAAAGACUUGAAUCAUUGAUUAAUAAUUUUAUAAAACAAAAACGAUUAGGAGGAGCAUUUAGUGAUAUUGAUAGAAGUUUUUUAUCUGAACAUGCUGCACUCGGUUUAGAAGCUCAAAAAUUUCAAAGACGAGUAUCUCCUGGAUAUCAUACAGAAAUGAUAAAUAGUCAACGAGAUGAUCUUCUUCAACAAAAUAUAGCUUAUCAACAAGAAUUAGCUACUCUUAAAGCUCGAUUGCAAGAAAAUUCAGCUGCAUGGGGAAGAGAAAAAGCUGAAUUGCUUACACAAAUUAACGAUAUGGAACCAUCGUCGCCUACACCACGAACACGAACAAGAAAACCAAAACCUUCUUAA